AUGUCGCCCGUCAACGAGGCUGCAGCCCCGUCUGGUGCCACCGAUGCCGUCUUGAAGCCCUCGGCGCCCGUGCCCGAGGGUGCCAAACAGGUGCACGGCAUCGACUUCAACGACUAUGCAGGCCGCAGCAUCACCGUCGACGAGCUCGUCGCCGGGUAUGCGACCAUGGGCUUCCAGGCCACCUCGGUCGGCGAAGCCGUGCGCAUCAUCAACGACAUGCGCGCAUGGAGGGACCCAGACACCAACGACGGCACCACCAUCUUCCUGGGAUACACAUCCAACCUCAUCUCCUCCGGCCUCCGCGAAACACUGCGCUACCUGGUCCAGCACAAGCACGUCUCUGCCAUUGUCACCACAGCUGGUGGUGUUGAGGAAGACUUGAUCAAAUGCCUAGCUCCCACGUACCUGGGAGCCUUCUCCACGCCCGGCGCAGGGCUGCGUGCCAAGGGCAUGAACAGGAUAGGCAACCUCGUGGUGCCCAACAGCAACUACUGCGCCUUCGAAGAUUGGGUCGUGCCCAUCCUCGACACCAUGCUCGAGGAGCAGGAAGCGAGCAAGAAGACCGAAGAGCCCCUGCACUGGACGCCCAGCAAGAUGAUCCACCGCCUGGGCAAGGAAAUCAACGACGAGCGCUCCGUCUACUAUUGGGCCUGGAAGAACGACAUUCCCGUCUUCUGCCCAGCCCUGACCGACGGCAGUCUUGGCGACAUGCUGUAUUUCCAUACCUUCAAAGCAUCACCAGAGCAGCUGCGCGUCGACAUUGUGGAAGACAUCCGCAAGAUCAACACCAUUGCCGUGCGAGCCAAGAGGACGGGCAUGAUCGUGCUGGGCGGAGGCAUCGUCAAGCACCACAUCGCCAACGCCAACCUGAUGCGCAAUGGAGCAGAGAGCGCUGUGUACGUCAACACGGCCCAGGAGUUCGACGGGAGCGACGCAGGAGCGAGACCCGACGAGGCCGUCAGCUGGGGCAAGAUCAAGCUGGACGGCGACAGUGUCAAGGUGUACGCAGAAGCUACCGUUGUAUUCCCACUCAUCGUGGCUGCGACGUUUGCGAGCGCGCAGCGGACAGAGAGAUGA